ACAAGCAGUUCUCAUCCUCUCCAAAAUUCGAAAUUCAAGUCUAGUGCCCUCAGCAUAACUUCCAUAACUACCAGUUAAAUUCGACGUUACAGCUGCAAGUUUCCUCACUCGUAUGCCACAGAACUCGCGCACUAGGCUUCAGUGCGCAAUCAUGGUGAAUCCACGGAUCGUCUCGGUACCACUGGUUAUCUUCGUCGUCGUCGGCGCUUGCACAGCAUCAAGCCAUCCUCACCCUGCAUCCCGCAGUGGCCCAACUACUACCAGCAGAACCGGCAGUGGCGAGCGACGUUCUACUGCUGUGAGCGACGAUGCAGUUUCAUGGAAGUCUUCAAUCCCGCAUUCCAAAGCGCGCCAAUCUCACGCCAAGGCGGAGGGACGGGUGGCGGAGCCCCUCGUGUUUUCUCCUGCAGAUAACGAGCCAUCGCGGUCUGGUCUGAACGUGCCGCACUCCUCCCCGAAGAGAUUUCGCACUAGUGGUGCCAGUAUGCACCAAUCGGCUGCUGCCACUAACAACCGUGCUGGUAACCACCUCAACGGAGCGACGCCGGCCCGUCCGAGUGGCGCGCAAUUCCACGUGGCGAGCAGCAGAGACGUGAAAAUCAAUCGCCCUCAGCCUCAAGGCGCGGCUCACCACCGUGAGGGAGAACCUCAGCCUCAACCUGAGCGUGCUAGCGAGCCUCGCUUCGUCGGCCAGCGGGGCAGCAACAGUGGCGGCCCGUGGCCGAGGAGCCACAGGCAGGCCAAGGGCGGCAGCGGCAGCGGCGGUAAUGAUGAUGGCGUGGCUCAGGGUGGGGCUUCGUUCCACCACUGGCAGCGUGGCUCGACUAGGAACGAGCAUGGUGGCCCGGUGGCGUUUCACAAGGCGGCAGCGUGGGACGUGGUUACUCACAGGAGGAAUGGUGCUGAUAGCAGGUCUAGUUUUGAGGCACCUCAAAACAAGCGUGGAUCGAACGGCCAUGGUAGCCCCGUGGCUUCGUUUCACAAGGCAGCCGCGCAGGAUGUGGUUAUUCACAGGAGUAAUGGCGGUGAUGCUAACAGGGAGAACCGCGGCGCUGCUAGUCAUGGCGUGAAUGUUCACCCAGUUGGGGUGAACAAGGGGAAUGGUGGCACGAAUCGCGGUGGACAACCCCCAAGGGAGGGGCAAUUCACGCAUGCUGGGGAUGCGAUCAAGCCCUCCUAUGGGGGGGAAUUUCCCUGGAAUAAAAUGUUCGAAAACAAGGAUGGCGACAGCAGCAGCAGCAGGAGCAGCAGUGACAUAGCAAGUGACUGCCCUGAUGGGGGUGAUGGGGGUAGUGCGGCUGACGGCAGCAACAGCGGAGGAGGGGACAACAGCAGCGGCAGCACCAGCGGCAACAUGGACAUCGGGGCGAUUCUAGAAGAGCACAACAGGGCACGCCAGGAGGUGGGGGUUCCGGACCUGGCCUGGGACGACAGCGUGGCAGCAGCAGCGGCGGAGUGGGCCAACAACCUCGCCUCCAGGGGGUGCCCUCUGGAGCAUGGAGGGGCGGAGGGGCUCGGGCAGAAUCUGUACUGGAGCGCACCCGCAGGGCUCACCCCUGAGGAAGAUCGCAUGGCGGUGCAGUCGUGGGUGGAGGAGAAGGUGGACUGGACGUACAGCCCGGUGCCUGAGGGGUGUGCGGAGGGGAGGAUGUGUGGGCACUACACGCAGGUGGUGUGGCGGGACACCACGCAUGUGGGCUGUGCGUCGGCGCAGUGCCCUGAUGGGGGUGGCAUGUGGGUGUGUAACUACUUGCCCCCGGGGAACUUCAUUGGUGCUCCUCCGUUCUAGGGAGGCUGGUAGGGUACCUGGAAAGAGGUGGUGGUGUGGAGGGAUGGGUUUGAGGUUGUGUGCUUAUGGGGGUGCU